AUGGUCAUGUCCAUCGGCUACAACCCGUUCUACAAAAACACGGUGCGGUCGGCCGAGGUGCACGUGCUGCACCCGUUCGCCGCCGACUUUUACGACGCCCACAUGCGCCUCCUCCUGCUCGGCUUCGUCCGCGAGGAGAAGGACUACAAGUCCCUCGAGGCCCUCGUCGAGGACAUUCGCUUCGACUGCGACGUCGCGCGCGAGAGCCUGAGGCGGAGCGCCUGGUGUCCGCCGCGCGAGGACGUGCUGCGCAGCGGCGAGGGGGCCGAGGCGCGGCUGGGUGACGGCGAGGGCACGCUCGACGUGUCGUGGCUGCUGCGUGCUCUGGAGUGA